UUUCCCUCCACCCUAAACACCGCCCUGAGGGCGGCGGCGCCAGGGACCUUGGUAAUUGCAGCUGCUCAGGGGCAGGGCUUGCCCCAGCACCGGGUAGUGGCAAAGGCGUGUUGCGUCGGGGGUGCAUGAGAGCCGGAAUCCUGAAAUCGGCAGCUCCCCAGGCAGACACACUCUCACACAGGAAGCGGUGAUACCGAAUCAGCCAGGGCAGCGGGACAACUCCUAGGGGCUUCCCCAAGUUGAGGAGAGUUGGGGUUACAGGGCACAGGUGAUAGGGCCGGAGAAAGAUGGAGCAGCCCGGGGCGGCGGCGUCGGGAGCGGGAGGCGGCAGCGAGGAACCCGGUGGGGGCCGGAGCAACAAGAGAAGCACAGGGAACCGAGCCGCCAACGAAGAGGAAACGAAAAACAAACCCAAAUUGAACAUUCAAAUAAAAACUUUGGCAGAUGAUGUGCGUGACCGAAUUACAAGUUUUAGAAAAUCUACUGUCAAAAAAGAAAAACCUUUUAUUCAGCAUCCAAUUGAUUCUCAAGUUGCAAUGAGUGAGUUUCCAGCAGCUCAGCCAUUGUAUGAUGAACGAUCGUUGAAUUUGUCAGAAAAGGAAGUACUGGAUCUUUUUGAAAAAAUGAUGGAGGACAUGAACCUUAAUGAAGAACGGAAAGCUCCUUUACGAAACAAAGAUUUUACCACCAAGCGUGAGAUGGUUGUCCAGUAUAUUUCUGCUACUGCCAAAUCUAUAGUUGGAAGUAAAGUUACGGGAGGGCUGAAAAACAGCAAACAUGAAUGCACCCUGUCUUCACAAGAAUAUGUUCAUGAAUUACGAUCUGGUAUUUCAGAUGAGAAACUUCUUAACUGCCUUGAAUCUCUGAGGGUUUCUUUAACCAGCAAUCCCGUCAGCUGGGUUAACAACUUUAGCCAUGAAGGUCUUGGACUCUUAUUGGAUGUGCUGGAAAAGCUUCUGGACAAGAAACAGCAAGAAAACAUAGACAAGAAGAAUCAGUAUAAACUUAUUCAGUGCCUCAAAGCAUUCAUGAAUAAUAAGUUUGGAUUGCAAAGGAUUCUAGGAGAUGAAAGGAGUCUUUUGCUAUUGGCAAGAGCAAUUGAUCCCAAACAACCCAACAUGAUGACUGAAAUAGUAAAAAUACUUUCUGCUAUUUGCAUUGUUGGAGAAGAGAACAUUCUUGAUAAACUUUUAGGGGCAAUAACUACAGCAGCAGAAAGAAAUAAUAGGGAACGAUUUUCACCUAUUGUGGAAGGAUUAGAAAAUCACGAAGCUUUGCAAUUACAGGUGGCCUGCAUGCAGUUUAUAAAUGCCCUUGUCACUUCACCCUAUGAGCUUGAUUUUAGAAUACAUUUAAGGAAUGAAUUCCUGCGUUCAGGACUAAAAACAAUGUUACCAGAUCUAAAAGAAAAAGAGAAUGAUGAGCUUGAUAUUCAGUUGAAAGUAUUUGAUGAGAACAAAGAAGACGACCUGACUGAAUUAUCACACCGUCUCAAUGACAUUCGAGCAGAAAUGGAUGAUAUGAAUGAAGUGUAUCAUCUUCUGUAUAACAUGUUGAAGGAUACUGCUGCUGAAAAUUACUUAUUAUCCAUUCUACAACAUUUUUUGCUCAUCAGAAAUGAUUAUUAUAUCAGGCCACAGUAUUACAAGAUAAUUGAGGAGUGUGUUUCACAGAUAGUGCUGCACUGCAGUGGUAUGGACCCAGAUUUCAAGUAUAGGCAAAGAUUAGACAUAGAUUUCACACAUCUGAUAGAUUCUUGUGUGAACAAGGCAAAAGUUGAAGAAAGUGAACAGAAAGCAGCAGAAUUUUCAAAGAAGUUUGAUGAAGAAUUCACAGCUCGACAGGAAGCUCAAGCUGAACUUCAAAAAAGAGAAGAAAAAAUUAAAGAGCUUGAAACAGAAAUCCAGCAACUUCGAACCCAGGGACAUGGACUCUCAGGUUCAUCAGGAAUUCCAGGCCCUCCUCCAGGGCCAUGUGGUGGGUUAUCCCCACCACCACCACCUCCACCAGCACCACCUCUGCCUGGAGGAGCUCUCCCUCCUCCUCCACCUCCUUUACCUGGAAUGACUGGUAUACCACCACCACCACCACCUUUGUUUGGGGGAGCUGUUCCACCAUUUCCCCCAGGCAUUCCUCCUCCUCCAGGAGCACCACUGGAUCUGCCUUAUGGGAUGAAGCAGAAAAAAAUAUAUAAACCUGAGGUACUCAUGAAGAGAAUCAAUUGGUCAAAGAUUGAGCCCAAAGAAUUAUCUGAGAACUGUUUCUGGUUAAAAGUUAAGGAGGACAAGUUUGAAAAUCCAGAUCUCUUUGCAAAACUGGCACUGAACUUUGCUACCCAGAUAAAAGUUCCAAAGAAUGUAGAAGCUUCAGAAGAAAAGAAGACCCUGCCUGCAAAGAAGAAAGUGAAAGAAUUGAGAAUUUUGGAUCCGAAAACGGCCCAGAAUCUGUCUAUCUUCUUAGGAUCAUAUCGUAUGCCAUAUGAAGAUAUAAAAAACAUCAUUCUGGAGGUUAAUGAAGACAUGUUGAGUGAAGCCUUAAUUCAGAACCUUGUAAAACAUCUUCCUGAGCAGAAAGUACUCUGUGAAUUAGCACAGCUGAGGAAUGAGUAUCAUGACCUCAGUGAGCCUGAACAGUUUGGAGUUGUGAUGAGCUCAGUGAUAAUGUUGCGGCCUCGUCUCAAUAGCAUUCUAUUCAAGCUCACGUUUGAAGAACAUGUAAACAACAUCAAACCAAGCAUCAUAGCAGUAACUCUUGCCUGUGAAGAACUGAAGAAAAGUGAAAGCUUUAACAAACUUUUAGAGUUAGUUCUUUUGGUUGGAAACUACAUGAACUCAGGCUCGAGAAAUGCCCAGUCUUUGGGUUUUAAGAUCAACUUCCUUUGUAAGAUCAGAGAUACUAAGUCAGCAGAUCAAAAAACAACCCUCUUGCAUUUUAUUGCUGAAAUUUGUGAGGAAAAAUACCGGGAUAUCCUGAAAUUUCCUGAAGAACUGGAACAUGUUGAAAGUGCAAGCAAAGUUUCAGCUCAAAUUCUCAAGAACAACCUUGCAACAAUGGAACAACACAUUGUUCAUCUGGAACGUGACAUCAAGAAAUUCCCCGAAACAGAAAAUAGACAUGAUAAGUUUGUGGAGAAGAUGACAAGCUUUACAAAGAGUGCCAGAGACCAGUAUGAAAAACUGUUCACCAUGCACAACAACAUGCUAAAGCUCUAUGAGAAUCUUGGAGAAUACUUUAUUUUUGACUCUAAAACAGUGAGCAUAGAAGAAUUCUUUGGUGAUAUCAGCAACUUCCGAACUUUAUUUCUGGAAGCAGUGAAAGAAAACAACAAGAGAAAAGAAAUGGAAGAGAAGACUAGGAGGGCAAAGCUCGCAAAAGAGAAAGCUGAACAAGAAAAGUUAGAACGCCAGAAGAAAAAGAAACAACUCAUUGAUAUAAACAGAGAGGGUGAUGAGACUGGAGUAAUGGAUAAUCUUCUAGAAGCCCUACAAUCAGGUGCAGCAUUCCGAGACCGCAGAAAGCGAAUUCCAAGGAAUCAAGAUAAUAGCCGAGUACCUUUGGAAAGGUCACGCUCUCGCCACAAUGGAGCUAUUUCAUCUAAGUGAUUCCUGAUGCCAAAGAAUAUGAAAACAAAAUCAUAAGUAAACAAAAUCAUAAAUUUUGAGAAAAACAAAACAUCCACUCAAGGGAUAGAGAGAAAAUACGUACAUUUCUGCAAAGAUCAAGCUUAGCUGGGUGAAGUAGCAUGUAUCUGGAAAGCUAUUGCAAUACUCCUCUCACAAUUAUACUAAAACAAACACAAUUACAAAGAUUAUAACAUAUGUGUUCCAUUUUAGUGUAAAGAUGUGUAUUAUUUGUUAUUGUGUGUGACCUGAUGGUAAUGAUGAAAAGGGUAAAAAAUUCAGAAACAGUCAGCCUGUCAAAAAUUACAAUGUUGCUCAAAUUUACAGGUCACCCCCUCCAAAAAAAAAGGAAAAGAAAGGAAUAGAAGGAAUUAUUCAGUGUCUGUUUCUGAUUCCUGUUACAUGGAAAAAGAACAGGGCAAUGGAAAUGUGUAUGUUAACAACUUGAAGAGACACUAGCUAAUAUUGCACACUGUGCUAGAGGAGCCAUUUUGGAAACAAAAAAAUUGCUGCUUCAACCCCAUGAAUUUAUUUCAAAUCUUAUCUCAAGCAAAAGAUGAUGGAUUGAUCUGCUUUGGCUGAAAUUAAACUUAUCAUUAAUCUAGAGUUUCAACAUGAUGUUACAGGCACUUAUUGCUAAAAAUAAACCAGAGUUUAACAGAA